UUGCUCGGUCUCUAUUCUGAUGUCUUGAGUUGGAUGCAUGAGUUGACUGUUUUGAGUAAGUGGUUGAGUGAAGUCUAGGUUGGUUGGUGAACAGAAGGGAGACUCUUCCUUUACUCGAUUUUGCUGCACUCGAAUGUCCUUUGUGGUGGUUGUCCAGGUUACUAUUGAAGUUGGUCAGGUAUUGAUGUUUGAAAACCAGUACGAUUCACGUGUUCUGAGCCUAUAUGAUUUGUCCCCAAUGUUGGUUGAUUGAAAUAUGUGAGCUUACCUUGUGUCUGACUUGGUUUGCUUGGGGACAAGCAAACGGUUGAGUGUGGGGGAGUUUGAUAAGCCGUUAAUUGCACAUGUUUUUACCCCUAUUCUGGAGCCGUUUGAGAUGGUAAUUCUCGUGUUUUAGGCCGAUUUCACGCUAGGUUGUGUUUGUUUGUGAUAUUUCAGGUCCUAGCAAGUGAAGGAAGGUUUUGGAGCGAGUUCGGGGUCAAUUGGACGAAGAUCGGGCUCGAGGCAAGUCGAAAAGGAAGUCACACGGGCACACCCACAAUUCACACGGCCUUGCACGUGACCCCUUUGGCCGUGUGAGAUUGUGCGAGCCUUCACACGGCUUGCCCUGAUAUCCACACGGCCGUGUGAAGGAGUGCUUUGGCCGUGUGGAAUUCUGUGAGGCUUCACACGGCCAGGCAUGGUGAUCCACACGGCCGUGUGACCCUGGCCGUGUAGGUUGACUGAAGUGCAAUUAAUCGGAACGCAGCGUUUUGAAGUCACACGGGCAACUGGGUAUGCCACACGGCCGUGUGGCCCAGCCCAUGUGAGUCGGGAAUUCCUAGUUUUAACCCAAUUUCGGGCUGCAAGAGAGGGAAUCAGACUUUUUGAGCAAAAACAGAGCCCUAGAGAGAGAAAGUACGAAGAACACAUCCUAGAAGCUAUCUUGGAGCUGGGUUUCGUCAAAUCAAGCUUGGAGAUCGUCAUAGGAGUGGAAAUCAUCAUCCCAGAGCAAAUUCUUCCCAUUGUAAUGAGUAUGACUGCUUUAUACCUUGUUUUCCUCUCUCUCUCUCUAUGGAGUAGAACCCCUCUCUCACUUGGGGAAGAAGAACCCUAGUUCUAUGUGUUAGGGAUUGAUUGUAAUGACUUGGGAUGAUAUUACUGUUUGAUUUUAAUCGAAUGAUGCAUGUGUAUUGAGUCAAUUGAAGUCUGAUCAACUUUUCCUGAUUCCUGCUGCAAUCUGAGAUAGAUAGAAUCUGAUUAGGUUGCUAGAGUCUCAUCAUUCGGUAGUAGGAGAUUGGCUAUACGAGAGUCAGCCAGUUUACUGCUUUGUACUGGAAUCCAAUUCCAGUAGUGGAGUUCUGUUCUUAUUGCUUCAGCUUUCUAUCCCGGUGAAGACUAGUCGUCUGUCGGGUAGUCAGACUGAGAGGGCUUGGUCAGCUUAAGAGAUUCCAAGCUACUGUCGGAUCUUCCGCAGUCUAAUCAACAGUAAAUCAACCCAGGGAAAUAAAAUUGAAACCUAACUAAGGAGCUAGGGGGACUCAUUCCCGAGUGACACUUACCUGCUUGAGAAAACCGUACCAAUUCCUGCUUUCUUUCUGCUUUUGCUUUUAAACAACAAUCACUUACUUUAGUUGGCUAGAUAAUAGAUAAUCACUGAGUAAGCAGUAGAUCUAGACCCCGAGUUGAUAAUAUCACUUGUCACUUUACUGCAUUCCCGGUCUGCGAUUACACUUGGUCGCAGAUUGGUGUUGUGUUUUAGAGCAUCACCGAGCCGGUCGUUGGUGUUGGAGGUCAUUCUAGAGACGGUCAAACAUCUGGUAUCCAUGGUGGAGGUGAAUUAUAUGGAGAUCCCUACCAAAGUUACCAUGAUCCUCAUUCCGAUUUUCAAUACCAAGAGCAAGGUGAAGGUCAUCAUCAAUCUUACCCGUCAUAUGAAGAAGAAGUUCAACCAGACCAUGCCAACCAACCCCAAUACAACUUCCAAUCAGGCAGUGGUUGUUUUCACAACUACCAUUAUGGAGCUGAUGAAGGUUCCUUUCAUGAGCUGGAUCAGAUGGAAGAUGCCCUGCCAGCACCAGUCAGUGACCCCUCCGAUGAAGAAGGAGAGAACAAUGUCAGUGCAGACAGCUCCGACACUCUUGAAGGUGCUGAUGAUUCAGGACCAGAGUCAGACUCAGAUAAGGAUGAUGAGGUGGCUCAUGACAGUGUACCAGUCCCCUACCUACAAUCAUAAUCCAGACGGAGAUUGGAUGGUCGACAGCGAUAUGGAACCGCCGGAGGUUCCAAUAUGGGCUCCACUCACUAGGUUUAUGAAGGGCCAACAAUUUGGCUCGAAGAAGGAGGUGCGGCACGCCAUUGAUACUGAAGCAAUUUAGCUAAAUCUUAUAACUAAAUAAAUUGAAAGUAAUGAUUUAAUUUCAACCAUUAUGAAAAUUAUUUAUGGUAUAUAAGUAAUAGUUUAGUCUUAUAACUAAAUAAAUCAAAAUUAAUGAUUUAAUUUCAACCAUUGUUAAAAUUAUUUAUGAUAUAUAAGUAAUAGUUUAGUCUUAUAACUAAAUUAAUUAAAAUUAAUGAUUUAAUUUAGAAUAUAAUUAUAUUAUAAUUAUAUUAUUAACAAUCAAAAUUUAAGUAAUUUGGGGUUUUUUCCAAGAUAUAUACAUAUAGUCAUAAAAUAAACAUACUAAAUUAAUUGGCAUAAAUAAAAUUUUAAAUGAAUAAUAAUUUAAGGAGAUACAUACAUAUUCAAACAUUUGAAAUUAAUAAAUUCAUUUAAGUACACAUAAAAAUAAAUCGUAUCGGUUGUUUGGUAAGUAAUUUAAUCGUAUUGAUUGUUUUAAAUAAUUUAAUCGAAUACUAUUUCCUAGGCUUUUGGGAGGGGAGGGGAGGGGUGAAAAAAUGAGAGGGGGAGGGGGUAUUUAUACCCAUCAGACCGCACCCUCCAGGGGCGGUUUGGUAAUUUUUCUCCAGUCAAAACCGCGCCUUCCCGGCGCGGUUUACGCUCCCCGAGGGUUGCCGCUCCCUGGCGCUGCGGUCUUCGAUCCGUGGCAAGGAUCGCUGACGUGGGAUGCGUUCUGCCCGCUAGGUCGCCACCUGAUCCUGCGGUCUCCAAGGCCGCUGCCCACCAAACACAGACCGCACCUAGGAGGUGCGGUUCCCAGUCUGACGUGGCGCAAAACGCACCUCCAAGGUGCGGUUUAUACCUAAAACUCUUCUGGAGGGUGCGAUUUACUUAUAAUACGCACCUUCGAGGUGCGGUCUAUUAAAAAUGGUGCUAUUUUUGUAAAUUUUUUCGACUGGGUGCUAGUUUUGUAAUUUUUUUUAAAAGGUGCUAUUAUUUGAAAAAUCCCGAUUUUUGCGGAAUGGAUUAACUAAUUGUUGUAACGGAUUAUGGGAAGUAUUUACUUAAUUAUUAUCUUACCAUUGUUAUGCCUCCAUUAUUUCAUUUUUUAUCGGAUGUCCCCGAAGGUUGCCAACUUGCCAUCCUACCGUAUAGAUAUUUGUCCUCGCCAUUAGGUAGUUCGAUGGGAAAACAUUUGGUGUGUUUCAAAUGUUUAUCAUCCGACGGGUUUCAAUAAUUACUAUUACUAUCUUCAGUCAGGUUUAUUUGGUUGAACGGAUCUGGGUGGUUUCAAUAAGAAUUAUAAUCAUCUUCUGGUUAAGAGUUAUGGAAGUGUUUUUUUUUAACAGAAGAGAAAAUACGUGCCUUAGUUUGCCAUCCAGUUAUUUGGUAUGAAUGAUAAUAUUAAUAUGAGCGGCUGAUUAAUAUUGUCACCAGUUGCGCUAUUGGUAAUUCUUCUAGCGCUAACUUGUUUGAAUUAUAAGUGCCAUGAAUUAUUGUGAUAUGAUCCAAAUCCGAAGAGAAUCCUCGAACUCGGAUUAUAUGACCAAAGUACGCAGCCUUCCUUCUUUUUAAGAAUUUUCGAAACUUUUCUCCAACUUGAAAUAAAAGAUAGAUGCGGAAUCAAUCGGACAAUCCCAACUCGUGACAAAGGGCAAUUGGUAUAUUAAACCAAUCGGACAGAAUCAACUCGUGGAAAGAGGCAAUUGAUAUAGGAUAGAUGCUCGCCACAACUAGACGCGUUCUCUAGUUGAUAAGAGACACGUGAAACUCCUGGAGACUCUCGACAGAAGCUUGCACAAAUGUUCACAAAGGAACACGAGUAAAAACUCUUAAUUGAUAACUUGAAUAUUGGGUAUAAAAUUCGUAGGUCUUACACCCUCUAUUUAUAAAGGUCUCAAAAACAU